AUGGGAGGCAGCUCGGGGACCCUGGGCAUCGCCAGAGCCACGAAUCCCCGCGGGUCCUGGGCCUGGACUUUGCCUGCUGGGGGAGCUUUGGAACAGCCCCGCAGCUCGGCGCCCGGCGGAGGUGCAGCCGGGCUGCGCGCCCCCGCCCCCGCCCCCGCACGUGACCGCGCGGGCCACUCAGCGCCCGCGAGCGGAGCGCAGGGCGAGGGGACGGCGCUGCGAGCUGGAGGACUCGGCGCGGCCAGCACAGUGGCCGCGAGAGGCUCCGCCGCCGCCGCAGCUCCGGGCGCCUCGGCAGAACUGCGGCCGCAGCGAGGACGGAAGGAGCCCGCCUGCCCUGGGCGGCCCUGGAACGAGCCUACCGACCGUGCGUCGCGGCCGCGGGCCACCCGAAGGCCCGUGCCCUGCAUCCGCGCCACGUGGGCGCUGCAGACCUCCUCCUUCACCACUGUCCGGAACCGCCGGAGUCUGUUCAGGAUUUUCCUGCGCAAACAGGAGCUGAAGUCUUUUGCCCAGUGCUGGAUUUAAUACGCACAUAUUUUUGAGCGAUUCGGCUUUUUCCCUUCGAUUUUUGGUCUUCGUGUACGUGCCAGCCC